AUGUUUUCUAUCAAGAAUAUUGCUGUCGCCCUUUCAACACUAGCUGCUGUCCAGGCCGUUGCCUUGCCUUCUUACGAAGUGGCCUUGGAACACGCUGCCAGAGGUUUAGUUCCUCGUGCUUUCGCUGAAGCCCUUAACCCAGCUCUUGAAAAGAGAGCCGAUUUCAUGUGCCAUGCUGCUUGUGGUCUGGCCAUUUACGGUGCUUGGGAAUGUGGUCCAGAAGAAGGUCCAUUUGACGAAGAGUGCUUAUGUGCUGCUGACUCCUCAUUUUCAACCCAGAUCGACGCUUGUCUUGAGUGUGGAUGGUGUAUCUAUCAGUCCUACUUUGGUAACCUGGCUGGUGCGCUGGAUGCUUGUGGACUGCCAAUUACCCCAACUGGUUCCACAUGUAUUGAGACUGCUACUGGUUUGACUCCAACUCUUGGACCUUUCACCGACUACACUCCAACUCACCCAAACAACGUUCCAACUUCCAGCGAGGAGGAGACUUCCGAAGAGCCAACUGAAGAGCCAACCACCGAAGAGACUUCCGAAGAGCCAACUGAAGAGCCAACCACCGAAGAGACCACUGAGGAGCCAACUGAGGAGCCAACCGAGGAUGAGACCACUGAGGAGACUACCGAAGAGCCAACUGAAGAGCCAACUGAAGAGCCAACUGAAGACUCAACUGAAGAGCCAACUGAAGACUCAACUGAAGAGCCAACUAUUGCACCAACUGGUGAGCCAACUGAGGAGCCAACCGAGGAUGAGACUACCGAGGAGACUACCGAGGAGCCAACUGAAGAGCCAACCACCGAAGAGACUUCCGAAGAGCCAACUGAAGAGCCAACCACCGAAGAGACCACUGAGGAGCCAACUGAGGAGCCAACUGGUGAUGACGACACAACUGAGGAGCCAACUAUUGCCCCAACUGGUGUUCCAACUGAGGACCCAAGUUCUCAAUACUAUGGUAACACUACAACAGUUCACUCCACCAUCAGAGAAACCAGCAUCAUCGAAUACACCACUUGUGUUACCGACGUUCAUGGUCAAACUACCACUGUCACUGUUCCAUGCCACGGAAAGUGUACUGCUUCCCCAUCAGUCCACUCUACUGACUUGACUAAGACCUACACUACAACCAAGGCUAUUGUCUCUGGUAAGACCGUCACCGUCACCGUUGAGUGCGAGACCACAACUCCAAAGGUUUCCACCACACACUCCACUACUCCAGUUCCAGGAACUACCACACACUCUACUACUCCAGUUCCAGGAACUACCACACACGCCACUACUCCAGUUGUGUCGUCCGUUUCUUCUACUCAUGCCAUUUCCUCCGUAACCAUCCAGACACACUCUGGUGCUGCUAACAAGCUCUCUAUUGCUGGUGCCGCCAUUGUUGGUUACGCUGGUUUGAUGCUGUUGUAG